AGUUUCAUGGUGUCGCCAAGAUGGUCAGUCAAAACAAAAUGUCCUUCAAAUAUUUUAUCGUUAUUAGUGUAAUUUGUGCUGGUGUCAAUUAAGUUGGAACAACUAACAUGUUAGAUCGGCUUAAACGCUCGAUAGAUAAUAAUACACCCUCUCUACAACUAACAAACUUCGAAAACAAAGGUUACUACGUACAAAGUAUUUUUACGGCAAACUACUUUCAAGCUAUGCAAUUUUGCCAUUACCACGGAAUGCGUCUGCUGUCUAUUACAUCCAAGAAAGAAAACGACUUUAUAGAAGGGAAAAUUCGAAAGAUGAACCUCGAGGGACAUCACUGGACAUCUGGGACAAUAUUACCGAGUCCCGAUCCGUGGAUAUGGAUGUAUACCGGUAAUUCCAUGAUUUACACCCACUGGGACAUAGGUGAACCAUCGCUCUCUGUUGGAAAUUCAUCAGAAGAAUGUUUGGAAGUUAGAAUAAUUCGCGGUGGACUGUGGUGGAAUGACUUAAAUUGUUUGGGACUAUUAAAUUUCAUUUGUGAUACUCCAUUAAGAAGUAAUGGGUAUAGGUAUAAUAAUUCAAUUUGACUGUAUUAAAUUGUCUCUGUGGAUUAGGUGCAUGUACAUAUAUAAAUAAAAACUAAUUUAAACAAAA